AUGCAAUGCUUAGAAAAAAACAUCUAUGAGAUGACGAAAGAUUAUUGUCUAACAGAAAUUAUAGGAACGUUGCUGAAGAAUAAAUGGUUUUACGUGACACUAAAUGGCAAGAAAAGCGAAUUGCUAAAACAAAAAAACGUCCUCCUUCAAGGGAGCGUACUGGCACCAAUGCUGUUCUACACAUACACGAACGACCAACCGAUCGGAACAGUAACACGACAUUUUAUAUACGCAGAUGACCUGGAAUUAACGGCACAAUUAAAGAAGUUUGAAGAAAUCGCAGAAAGACUGGAAGAUACCCUAAAAGUUCUAACAAUAUACUACCAAAUGAACCGACUAUACCCGUUGAAAACCCAAGUAUGCGUAUUUCAUCUUAAGAACCGAGAAGAAAAAAGAAACUUGCAUAUCAAAUGGAAUAACGAAAUACUACAACACAGUGACAACCCUAAAUAUCUGGGAGUUUAUUUGGAUCGAAGUCUUACAUACAAAAUGCACUGCGUAAAAACCCAGCAAAGGUAG